GCAAAAUGAUAUUUGUCCGGCGGGAAUGCAUGUGCCGGGGACGAGGGGAGGUGGGCCAACGUGUCCAAGCACCGUAAUCGCAAACUGGACGACGAUUGCUCGGCCCAGAAGGCGAAAAUGCCAUUGCCAUACGAUGCGUACAACGGUUGACAGAAUCUGCCACAGUGGGCUCCGCAGGUCGUAAUAGAUUCGGUGUCUGCUCCUCGAGACGAAUGAUUGAAUGAAUGGCUCGACAGAGUUCCGCCCACCGGAGAAUUGUCGUAGUUUAGCGCAGCAGAGCAGAGCAUAGUGGACACUGAUUCUUUCUGUGGCUUGGGGAGCAAGCCGGGGGAUAUGGCCCCGCAAGGUUCAUAAUCGUGAAUUUGGCCAACUUUCCCCGGGACGAGGGCACACGCCGUUGUGGAGCGAGGAUCGAGGAGCGAUAAGCCAUGGCGGCAGCAGCAGCAGCAGCUGUUGCUGCUUGCUUGCCACCCGUCGGGCUGAGGAAUUCAGCGAAGAAACCGCGGUUCUCGUUUAUGGUUCAGCCUCAGCAUCAACACCCCGGCGGAAUUUCUUGCCUCCCCUUCGUAGGCUUUGCAUCCAUUCAGUCCGGACCGGAGCAACACGGGUUUUCUUGCUCCGCUUCUAGGGUGACGUCCAUGUACAGGUCUGUGGUGGAUGAACAGACGGAAGAGAUAGAACUACCUUCGUCAGCACUGGCAAUUGCAGCUGCCGCUGCAUCUGUCUCUUCGGCCCCUUUUGACUUUGUCACCAAAAUUGGUGAUCCGAAGAGGCUCGUAUCUGCUCCUAGUGAAGAAUUUCUAGCUCUCUGUGCUGAACAACUCUCUCUGUGUGAGAAGAUUGUGGGCGCCCAAACCAAUUUAACGGUUUAUGUACGCACAGCAGAAAGCUAUGCCACUGGUCAGUUGGAGUUUUUCUUUGCUGCUGGGUCUUCAACAAAUCUGGCAAGCCGGAAUGCAGAAGCCUACAAGGAGGUCUUGAUGCUCUUUGACAGGUCUGAGAGCCAAGGAUCAGCAGGCCUCGUGGAGUCUGCCCUUGUGAAUCUUGAGGCUGUGGAACUCCCGGGGUUAGGAGCACUAGUCCUUCCGCUGGUGAAAGAUAUGUUUUUGGUGGGGCUUUUGGUUGCAGAGCGUCACGUAGUAAAGGUCUCUUUGCGUACGGUUAAACCCGGUAAAUUGAAGCCGAUGCGUCCGUCGUGGCCUCCCAAGGAAAAAGUUGUGGAACCAGAGAACCAGGAAUCAAAUGAAGAGACUGACUCCGUGUCAAUGAAUCAGGGGAAUAUAGAUCUUAAACAUCCAGCUUUGGGAACGUUUUCAAAAGAACAGCAAAUGGAAACAGCUAAAGUCGCUAGAACACUGGCCUUGGCCUGCGUCAUGGAUCAGAGAGCUGUACUGCUUCAACAGUCUUCUUGGCAGAAAGGUGUUCGCAUUGAUCAUCUUCUAGAGCAAGUUCGAGGACCAUUGAUGGCUGUAAGGACCCUCGGCAAGAUGCUCCUACCACACUUAAAGAGAGGCGAGAUCUCUCGUGAUGUUCUUGAGGAUAUACUUGUCCAGGGAGAUCGUAUGAGUGACGUUGUUCAGCAGAUUCAAAAGGUUUUAUAUCUCACAAAUAGUGGAGCUGAUUUUAUUCAGUACGAUGACAUCUUUCUUAAAGACCUGAAUCAACAGAGGGUCAUGCCUAGUGGAGACGUGGGAGUGGAAGAUACCAGGCCCUCGCUUAGUACACGUACCUCUUUGGAAAGAGAUGGCGCUUUGCAAGAUAUCAGCAACAAUCAACGACCGUUGCCUACACCUGCGUUGCCGUCGUCGUUUGUGAGAGAUGAGGAGUCCCCUAUGCCCCCGCUUGCUCUCGCCGCACCACCUCAAGAUGAAAUGAGACAAUGCAACGUUUCAGAGGUUCUUUAUCAGCUGGUAAGAGCAGGAAGUAGUCUAGCCCAGCAGAAAAGCCAAACUUUGCAGCUCAAUUCCACUACUCUGCCGCUUAUAGCAGCAAUCGAGGAGCUCGCAUUACGACAAGCAUUGAGCAACUUGUUGGAGUAUUCGAUACAGCACACACCCGCAGGCGGAUGGAUCAGAGCAGACGCAGCAAGGGCUCCUGGCGGUGGUGUUCUCGUUGUGAUCGAGGAUAAUGGACCUGAUAUGGGCCUUGUGGUGCAAGAACGUGUACUCGGACCUCUUGGAUCUGCAAGGGUAACACGAAUAGGUAAGGGUAACACGAAUAAUGAGAGAUCUUUCGAAGCAGGGUUGAAGCUCAUAGCUGCAAGAGAAGCUUUGGAACAGUCUGGUGCUGUGUUAAACAUCCGGUCGCCGUACCUAGUAGAUGCACCCAUAGGUGCUGGGGGCACACAUGUAGAGAUCUGGUUACCUGCUCAAGCUGCAGAUUCUCGAUUAGAAACCGACGUUUUGGAGUCUCAAAUAGACUGCACGCAACAAUAGUCACCUUGGUAGAACUACAAUUAUGGCAUUUCUGGUAGAUGUACGAUAUUUAGUCGCGGUUGAGACUUAGUGUCUAGUUCACCUAUGAAUGUUAGAGAGUAGAGCUUAAAUUAGUAUAGAUAUUCAACCUCCCUUGCUUACGUGAGAUGUGAAGCCAAUGUUCACUUGUUGAACUUUUACUACCUGGGACGGAAGGGUUCACUUUGCAUUGGUGGAGAAGUCUGCUGGAGAUCAAGACCCCAAGAUGCCCCGCCAAUGGGAACUGGAAAAAGUGCUACUGAGACUUUGAAACUUUUAAGUGGGUAAUACAAUGUAAACAGUUGCUAAUUGAUAAUAUGAUAAAUUUCAAGUUCGACAUC